AAUUUGACUAUAUGGUUAGUAAAGAAACAAAAAAAGGGCCCGUUCUCAUGAAACAGUCUAAUGAGCAAUGUUGGAGCUCACGGAUCAGUCCACUGGUUUCCUGUCGACCUCCUCAGAGCGUAGCCGACUCUUGGACCCUCGCUCCAAGUCCACUCCGUCAGGCAGUCCACUAACUCUCAAUUUGCAUCUUCUCAUCUCUCCCCGGCAAAAGACCGCAAAAUCCUGCCGCCCAGACCCACAAGAAAGAACAACAUCUGUCUCAUUGGAUAGCCCACAUUCCAAAGUCCUGUUGUCUCUAGUCAUAACCCAAACACUGCUACUACAGAGAAACCAUUACAUUAGCAAUGAAACCUUACAGUGCGUUACAUAAAGAUGUACAGUCAAGAUCAGAGUUGUGGGCAUCCUAUUUUGGCGCAGGAAGCAUGGCAACAUUUGCAAGCUGCCUUCAGCACAAUCCUCACUGAUAAGAUUUGAGGCAAACAAUGCAUUUCACUGUAUGUUUCAAUGUACAUAUGAUAAAGCUAACCUUUAAUGCUGGCCUGGCAUUCAGCAAGUCCAUUCCUAAUCUGGUUUUGGCCACAACUCAAUUUUCCUGCCUGCUUCUGUAACUCACCAAAAGAAUAAACACAACAUGCUGGGAAUCUGGAGUGCCACACAAAAUGCUGGAGGAACUCAGCAGGGCAGGACUUGAUGAAGGGUCUUGCCCCUCUCCAUAGAUGCUGCAUGACCUGUUGAAUUCCUCCAGCAUUUUGUGUGUGUCACUCUGAAACAGAGAAUGUGGGAGAUCCUCAGCAGGUCAGACAACAUAAAUGGAUAGAGAUAAAAUUUUAGGUUGACUUUUCAUCUGAACUAGAAAGUCAGAAAUGUUUAAGUUGUAGAGGAUCAGAGAGAACAAUGGGAAUUCAUCUAUGAGGGUUCUUGAAAUGUUAAUAUCCUUUCUCUCCAAAGACACUACCUGCUCUGCAGAAUGGAGCAUCUGCAUCUUUUGAACUAACCACCCCGGUUUCUCAGCUCUUUGGAGAAUCGCAGUGAUUCACGACCCUCACAGCAGAACUAUCACCACAUCCACGUUUUGAGUAGCUGAAACCUUACUCUAAAAUUUUCAAGUUUAUAGUCACGGGCACACAGGCGCUAGGUAUAAAUGCCAAUGAAAAGUACCUUCUCGCCGCAAAUUAAGCACAAUGUACAUGGCAAAAUGAACGAUUUAAAAUCAUAAUAUGGACUAAGUUGCCAGCUACACCCGCGGGGAACAUCGGCCUGUUUCAGAAACAUUAUUUAGCACGGAAACAGGCCAGCAGCCCAAACGGUCCAUGUUAACCCGUCCUGUUAUGUUUAAACAGAACCACUCUUCUAAUCGGUGAGUAUUUGUCUUUGCGACUGCCCAAUUUGCCAUCUCCCACAAAUGCCCUAGCAGACGCUGAAUUGGCCGGUGUGCCGGUUAGGGAACAGAAUGGAAAUGCCCCGAAACGCUGGUACGGGAGUGACCCUGUGAUUCCCCGCACCGGAUAUCGGAUACCACCAGCUCUCUGCUCCUCCCCUGAUGCUGGGCUCGACAUGGCCUCGGACGUACAUCGAAUCCUCGAUGCCGCCGAUUUCGCAGCGAGAAAACACAGAAAACAGCGGCGCAAAGACCCGGAACAAACUCCAUACAUCAAUCACCCCCUGGGUGUUUCCCGAAUCCUGUCACAUGAAGCUGGAGUUACAGAUGUGGUCAUCUUGCAGGCGGCACUUCUCCAUGACACUGUUGAGGAUACUGACACCACACUUGAGGAGAUCGAGGAGCAGUUUGGAGAGAAGGUUCGGAGUAUCGUUGCUGAGGUGACGGAUGAUAAAUCACUUCCGAAGGCGGCACGGAAGAAGCUUCAGAUCCAGCAUGCACCUCACUGCAGCCGUGAAGCCAAGCUGGUGAAACUGGCGGACAAACUGUACAAUCUGCGGGAUCUCAAACGCUGCACACCCAAAGGGUGGACAGAGGAAAGAGUUGAAGAAUAUUUCACCUGGGCUUCCAAAGUAGUUGCUGGACUCCGAGGAACCAGUCAAGCCUUAGAAAACAGCUUGGAUGCACUGUUCAAAGAAAGAAACAUUUUUACUCGGUAAUGGGCCCUGCUGUCUUUUUCAGUGAACAUACAAUAAGGAUUGUUAACUGUAAGAUGAACAAAUUAAAAUAUCUAUCUUGUCCUGAGGUAAAACUAAAUAUUGAGGAAUGUGCAUGGUCUCAAUUUUUCUUCCUGAUGUUUGUCCUUAGACUGAGUAAACUGGUACUGUGAAUUCUUCUCUGCUAAAAUCUAUUUGAAAUAAAUGUUGGUUAUUUAGUUUGA